AUGCGUGCUUCUACCAUCGUUGUUCUAUGCGCAGCCACUCUUCCAGUUCUUUCUGUUCCGAUGAACCACGUCUAUGGACGGGACUACGAUGUCAUUGAUCGUCGUACUCUUAGGGAUUGUCUCGAUAUGGCUGGCUUUUGCGUUAAGUUUGCAUGUCAAGUUGGGGCUAUACUACCGGGACAUUUGAUGGAGGCAACGAAGGAAAAGGUUGGAGAUAUGUUGGAUCCUACGCCGGAGCCCGCGCGGAUAGCAAAACAACAGAAAGAGACGCAUGACGCUUAUGAACAAAUGAUGAUAAAAAACAUUCCAUGGAACAAAUCCAUGGCACAGCAGGCUGGCAAGGAGGCCGCAGAAGUAGCAAGGGUCAAAUCCGCGGCACAGAAGGCUGGAAAGGAGGCCGCAGAAGUAGCAACGGCCAAAUCCACGGCACAGCAGAAUGGCAAGGAGCCAGCCGCGAAAGCAAAGAAGGAACAAGAAAAAGCGAGGCAACACUUCUUCAACCACCUUAUACACCAUGACAAGGCGAACUCGGCUGGGAACUCGGCUGCUCCUCCAGACCCGAGUCAGAUACAGCCUCCGGCUCAGCGUCGUGCGAAUAUCCUUGGUCAGCUCAUGGCUCGCCAGUUGCUUGAAGACACAUAUUUGGACUGA